AUGGAGUCUGCAGAGAUCACGGCCGCCAUCCGGCGCAUUCUCGGCCACGUGAUGUGCCCUGCUGAUGCGUCUGCGUUCACGUCGCAUUCCAUGAAAUCUACAUGGCUUCAUGCUUAUAACCAGUGGGAAGACAACUAUGACAUGCAGUCCCUCCUUGGUUACCAUGUGGUAAAAGGUAGAAGUUCUGCUGUGAAUCAUUCACGGCAAGCUUUGAGUGUUCCUAUGAGGAGACUGGAACACAUGAUUGAAGAGAUUAGGACGGGUCAAUUCGUUCCGAAUGCGGAGGGCAGUGCCGAGUUCUACGAGCCCUCCCAGGCUCAAGAUAUCAGAAGACGCAUGGAGCUGUGCACCGGACUUAGUUUUUCGCAGAUCUCAAAGGCUUUCGGCGCUGCAGACGCUGAUGAAGUGGGGGGCGUAGAGUACAGCCCUACAACAGCUGUGACAGAAAGCGAGUCACAGCAUGAUGCCGAAUCUGGGGCAGAGCGCAUUAGAUCUCUGUCCCCAAAGAGGCGUAGGAUGAAUGAUCAAGAUGAGUCAGCAUCUGAAGACUCGAGUGAGAGCUCGGAUGAUUCAGCGAGCUCUGUCAGUGAUUCUGUUUUCGUACAUGUGGAAUCUACUCACCUGGGUGACAGAGUGAGAAAUGUUGCGCGGCAUUCUGCACUCGCAAUGCUUUUCCGCCACAAGACUAGGCGCACACUGCAUUAUGGGCACGACCACGAUGAUACGAAGUUGGCGUGCGGGAGAGAUCGGACCAGUGCCUUUGUUACGUUCAAGGGUGACUUUGAACAGGCCUGGCCGAAAUGUAAAGUGUGCUUCGGCGCCUAG